AUGGAUUAUGGUCGGUACAGACUAAAAAAGGGUGAAGUUUGCACUGCUCAGGGAGAGGAAAUAUUAAAACCAGGAGAAACUUUUCAGAAAUGGUGGCCAGGUCAGGAAUCCGAUCAAGCCCAAGGAACUCGAUAUGGACGACAUUGGCCACCUCCCUUUGUGUUAAGUCAACUGUCUGUUGAUUGCUAUGCGCUUGAGUUUCGGAAGGUCGUAAAGGAUCUAAGCCUUUUGAACACCGGUGAACAUAACGUGAAGAUUGUAUCGCGACAACGAGCAUUUUUUCGGUCCGGUGAGCCAGUGAAAUUGGAACAUCGGAAAGAGCAGUUACGCACUUUACGGAAUUUUAUCACGGAAAACAGAGACGCGUUGUGUGAUGCUGUCCAUCAGGAUCUCAAAAGGUUCCCACAGACCACGUACAUCGUUGAAAUUGCCAAUGCUAUCCAAGAAAUCGACUACAUGCUUGCAAAUCUCUCAGAAUGGACCAAACCGACGAUGGCACAGAAGACAGUUGCAACAGCAUUGGAUCAGCCGAUGAUUGUAAAGGAACCGCUCGGCGUUGUACUGAUCGUUUCAACGUGGAACUAUCCCGUGUCGAUGAUUCUGCUGCCACUUAUCCCUGCGAUAGCUGCCGGUAACACGGUGAUCAUCAAGCCUUCAGAAGUCUCGUGCAAUACUGCUGCCAUAUUCGAGAAGCUUAUUCCAAAGUAUUUCGAACCGGUUAGUAUAUGUUUGUUCCCUACUACUUGCAUUCACUGA